UUUCUACUAUGUAGCAGUCCUAUUUUCGGACUGAAAUGACACGUUGAUGUGGCUGCAUUAACAAAAGCAACAAAGCAACACCUUUGUGUAUUCUAACUCAGCUAGAUUCAUGCUUGUGCAGAUCAGGUUACCAAGCUGUUCCCUUUUCGAUUUGCUGCAAAUGCCUAAAAGCUAUGGUUUUCGUCGUCCUUUUCUUCAAAGCUUUUCAAUUCAAUUAUUACGCAUAUAAUAUUAAUCUAUGUCCUUGAUAACCUGUCCCUGUUUGAACAUUCACAUACAUACAGCUGAAGCAAUAACUAAACCUAUUGCGAAAGAUGUUUUUGAAGUUGAAAUAAAUAAUAUAGCCAGCAUCAAAAAGGUAUUCGAAAGCUUGGUUUUAAGCCAUGAGUCAUCAACAAGCUCAUCUUUGUCCAUCGUGCAAACCAAUGAAGAGAAUGAAGGUGAUGGAAAUAAAGGAUGGACAAGUUAUGAAUGUCUUCAUUGUGGCUCAGGGCCGGUUUAUUCAACCAAGUCUCAGCAUUCUAAACAUAUUGUUGUUUAUGAAAAUGCCAUGGUGUAUUCGUCUAUUCAAGAAGCAAUAGAACAAGCACACAAUUACUCGAGCACAUUAAAUGUUAUCCUUUCUGAGGAUGAGAUGAAAAAUGAGGAUAAUAUUAUCACCGUUUCACAAAUACCCAGCUCUAGUAAAGAUGUACCUGAACGUUUAAAGCCGUUUUACAAAGAAAUCAAGCAAAAAUUAGAUCAGACAAUCAAAAGAUUACACUUGGGAUCAAAAGUACGACCCGACAUGUUAAAGGAUGAGAAGAUAAGAAAAGGGGAGGCACGAGUGGCCCAAGAGACUGUAGAAAAAUCUGUCCAGCAAGCCAUUGCAGAUAGCAACAGGAUUUGGGCUAGGGUUGUAGCAAAAUUGAAAGACUUACCACACGAUCGACAGCAAAUGUGUGACAAUGACAAAGAGGAUAAUAAAAACAGUGAUGAAGAAGAUGAGACUAUAUUUUUUCUAGAUGAAGAAAUUAUAUCAGAUGACGAUGAUAAUAACAUGGAUAGGGAGAAGCUAUUGCAGUCUCUUUCGGAAAUGGACCGGAAGUUCACCCGUUGGAUCAAAAAGAGAAGUAGCUUUGAUCAAAAAAAGUGCACAGAAUGUGAUGACGAUGAAGACAAUUCGAAAGAUAAGAUUAAGGAUAGUGACGGUGACAAAGGCCCUGCCAUUUAUCUGGAAGACUUUGUUGAGAAAAAAAGAGCCGAGAAUCAUAUUGAUGAAUUGGCUAUAUCUAAAUUUGCUACUUCCGUACCUAUUACUAUCAAGUAUUUUAAUCCGAUGGAAAGCAAUCAGGACCCUGGUGACAAAAUUGAGGAAGAAGAAACAGAAAUCGAUGGUAUCCUAUACACAAAAUCUAAUAAAAGAUAUAGUAUGACGAGUCAGUUAUUCACAAAUACGUAUGUUGACAACGAAGCCAAUGAUAAGUGGCUGAAGAAAAACGGUAUUUCCAAGGCUGAUCUACAGGAGUAUAACCAUCAGCAGAAGAUGUUCCUAUCAAAAAGUAUGUUCGUCAAACCACAGUUGGAUAGCUUAAUUGGUCAAGUAGAAUCUUUAGAUACAAGAGGAAGGCUUCCUACUACAAAUAGCGAUCGUAUGCACAGCCAUCCUGAGAAAACCAAAAGGAAUAGUUUGGCAAAAGUAGAAGAAGUGACAAUUGAGGACGAAAAAUAAUAACGAUAUUGAUUGUCUCUUUCUCAUUUUUAUUUUAAAUUAUAUUAUUUUUAAAGGCAAAUAAAUAGAGAUACUCCAUGUUAAAAACAUCAAAAAAAUAGGAUAGUAAGUUGUGCAUUUAAAUAUUUUUCUUCGUAAAGGUAUGUCGUUUUUUGUAGUGUCAUCUUUCUCUUGGCAAAAAUAUAGUCAUUUUAAUGGCAUAGGCCGCAAGUAACUUUACUCCAGAAUCCACCUGAUUUCUUUUUUCGUUGUUGUUGCAGCUGCUGUUGCUGUUGUCUAUUAUUGUUUGUAUUCAUAUCAUUAGUGAUAUC